UCGGUUUAGAAGAACCCGACGAUUAUCUGAAAGUUGGAACCAUUAAUGGAGGCGUCAAUCAGAAAACUUAAACUUGCACUCGUCUUCCACUUUGAUCCACUUAAAGCAGCUUUAAAGCUUUGAACAUGUUUAGCUAUAAUCCCUGAGGAACUAUCCUCAUGUCUCUCUCCAGUUGCUUGCUUCCCUUUUCUCAAUCAGCGACGGCUCCGUCUUCCUCCGUCUGCUCUUGCCAUCUCGCCGCCUCUUUUUCUAAUUUUCCGGUUUCGUCAAGAGACUAUAGUUUCUCCAGAAGUGGAAGCCUUGUUCUCAACGGAGGAGGCUCGAAUCUCUGCCGGAGAUUCUGUGGUUUGAAACUGUGGAUACUUAAGAGCUUGAAUCGUAGACAAGGCAACAACAGAAAACAUCAGCCUGUAAACGAGCUUACAACACACUCAAAGCACACUUUCCUCAGCGAUGAUGAACGAGGUUUUGCUGAAGAAACUAGAGCUGAAGAUUUACGACCAGAAGAGAAUAUUCUGGGAACGGAUUUGAAUGAUGGGUUUCACAAUGUUGGAGACUUACCACCUGUGUCAAAACAACUCUCGGAUGAUCUUUCAGAUGUUCGAAGAAGGGCCUCACUUUGCAUUGCUGUUGUAGGAGCCACUGGUGAGCUAGCAAGAGGGAAGAUUUUCCCGGCAUUGUUUGCGUUGUAUUAUAGCGGCUACCUUCCUGAGGAUGUUGCUAUAUUUGGGGUUUCAAGAAAGAAUCUGACAGAUGAAGACCUCAGAUCCAUCAUUGCAUCAACGCUGACUUGCCGUGUUGAUCAUCAGGAGAAUUGUGGGGGCAAGAUGGAUGCAUUUCAGAGUAGAACAUACUAUAUCAAUGGAGGUUAUAAUAACAGGGAUGGGAUGUCCCGACUUGCCGAGAGAAUGAAACAGAUUGAGGGAGAAUCAGAAGCAAAUAGAAUCUUUUACCUCUCAGUACCUCAAGAAGCUCUGGUGGAUGUGGCAUGCACCAUUGGAGAUAACGCUCAGGCACCACGAGGCUGGACUCGAAUAAUAGUUGAGAAACCUUUUGGUUUUAACUCACAUUCGUCUCAUCAGUUAACAAAGUCACUUCUCUCUAAGUUUGAAGAGAAGCAAAUCUACAGGAUAGAUCACAUGUUAGGAAGAAACCUCAUUGAAAAUCUGACAGUGUUAAGGUUUUCAAAUCUAGUUUUUGAACCACUAUGGAACAGAACAUACAUACGCAAUAUACAGGUUAUUAUAUCAGAAUCAAUUGCGCAAACAGAAAAGUUUUCUGAUGGAUAUGGAAUAAUACGGGACAUAGUGCACAGCCAUAUACUUCAGACAAUCGCAUUACUUGCCAUGGAACCUCCGAUAAGUCUCGAUGGUGAAGAUAUCCGAAAUGAAAAGGUCAACCUGUACUGUAAAGAACAAAAUCGUCUUAUGGUUUUAAGAUCAAUUCGCAAGAUAGACCCGCGUGAUGUCAUCCUUGGCCAGUAUAAAUCCAGUUCCCGAGACAAGAACGGUGUGAUCUUGAACGGUGUAGACCCUACAUAUUGUGCAGCAGCCUUGUAUAUUGAUAAUGCACGUUGGGAUGGUGUACCUUUCCUUGUAAGAGUUGGCACUGGCCUCAUUAAACACAGAGUGGAGAUUCAUGUGCAAUUCCGGCAUGUUCCUGGAAACCUAUACCGAGAAAAUAUUGGAAUAAACAUAGAUUUGGGGACAAAUGAGCUUAUUCUACGUGACGAACCUGAUGAGGCCAUCCUGGUGAAAAUCAACAACAAGGUUCCUGGUUUAGGUCUUCAGCUAGACGCUUCUGAACUUAACUUGCUCUAUAAAGACAGGUAUAAAACCGAAGUACCAGACUCAUAUGAACACCUAAUUCAUGAUGUAAUUGACGGAGACAAUCAUCUGUUCAUGAGAAGCGAUGAGGUUGCAGCAGCAUGGAACAUUCUUAGUCCGGUUCUAGAAGAGAUAGACAAGCAUCACACAGCUCCGGAGUUGUAUGAAUUUGGUGGACGAGGACCAGUUGCGGCAUACUAUCUUUGGGCCAAGCACGGUGUCCCAUGGGCAGAUGACUGAAGAAGAAACAUAGAUGCAGCAACAAACAAAUGAGAGUGAUUCUGAAUGGUUAUUGUGAAGUGUGUUUGUUUAGCUUGAAGCUGUGCCAUUCCCUGUAGACUGUACAUAUGUACACAUGUAUGUCAUGUUGCUAUAUGAAUGUCCAUCAUGGUGGGGUCCAUAAUAGUGUUG